AUGGACAUGGAGCUCCUCCUCUUGUACGCCCCAUGCUGCCUGGUCCUCGUCUUCUCCUCCCUGUACCUCCUCGGCCUCUAUGCCGACAGCCGCCGCAACCUUCCUCCCGGUCCCCGGGCGCUGCCUCUCGUCGGCAGUCUCUUUUCCCUCGGCACCCUCCCGCACCGCUCCAUGGCGCGCCUAGCGGAGUGCCACGGCCCAGUGAUGGCCCUCCGCCUUGGCACGGUCACCACCAUCGUGGCCUCGUCCGCGGACGCCGCCCGCGACGUCCUCCAGCGCCACGACGCCGCCUUCUCGGGGCGCUCGCUCCCCGGACGGCACCCACGCGUGUGCUCCGGGGAGCUCUUCGCGCCGCACCGCCUCGACACGCACCAGUCCCUCCGCCGGGACAAGGUGCGGCGGCUCGUUUCCCACGUCGCGCGGCUGGCGCGUGAUGGCGCGCCAGUCGCCGUCGCCCGCCUCGCCUUCGUCACCGCGCUCAACCUGCUCUCCUCCACCAUCUUCUCCACCGACCUCGCUGACAUCGACAUCAUCGACGACGACAGCGGCUCGUCGCCAUCGUCAUCGUUUAAGGGCGUUCUCGCGGAGCUGAACGCCACCGUGGGGUUGCCGAACGUGUCGGACUUCUUCCCCGAGGUGGCGCGGCUGGACCCGCAGGGGCUGAGGAGGCGCAUCGAGAGCCUGUUCCAGCGGCUUCACGCCAUGAUGGACAAGCAGAUCGAGCGCCGCUUGCAGGAUCGCGUCGCCGCCGCCGCCGCCGCCGGUCCCAAGAAAGAGAAAGACUUCCUGGACGUGCUGCUGGACUACCGCGGCGCCGAGGACGGCCGGGGCUUCGAUCGUCAGACGCUCCUGUCGUUGCUGUCGGACCUAUUCAGUGCCGGCACCGACACAAGCGCAGCAACGGUAGAAUGGGUGAUGGCCGAGCUGCUACUGAAUCCAUCCUCCAUGGCGAAGGCUCGUGCCGAGCUCGCGCAGGUGAUCGGCUCCAAACCGGAGGUCGAGGAGUCCGACAUUGCGCAGCUCAAGUACCUCCAGGCCAUCGUGAAGGAGACGUUCCGCAUCCACCCUCCGGCGCCACUCCUGCUUCCGCACCAGGCCGAGACGACAACGCAGAUCCGAGGCGGCUACGCGGUGCCCAAGGGCGCACGCGGCGUGGUGAACGUGUGGGCGAUCGGCCACGACGGCAAGGUGUGGCCCGAGCCGGACAAGUUCAUGCCGGAGAGGUUCUUGGUAGCAGAGGACGACGAGAAAGCAGUCGACUUCCGCGGCCGAGACUUCGAGCUCUUGCCGUUUGGGUCCGGGAGGAGGAUGUGCCCGGGGAUGCCGCUGGCGCUUCGCAUGGUUCAUCUCAUGCUCGCGUCCUUGCUGCAUCGCUUUGAGUGGAGUCUUCUUCCUCCGGCUGAUGAUGACAAGAACGGGCUGGACAUGACUGAGAGGCUUGGGCUCAACCUGUCGAUGGCUACACCACUGCAGGCUAUGGCGACUCCAGUUUAA